AUGCAGGGGCCAUGGAAGCCCGGAGCAGACGACAUCAACAACCUGGGCACCACCUUGAACGCGUCCAGCUCGACAGUAGCCGCCGAUACCUCACUCGCGAGCUCUUCAACACAUGAUCCAACAAACAUCGUUAAAACAAUUGACAAGCAAACGAGGCAACCCAAGACGCAGACUACGAGCCUUCUUCCAGCUUCACCAACCAGAUGCAGCAUCUUCUCCGAAAAGCAGAUAGGGAUCUUCAGCCUGUACCGCGACAGACCCUUGUUGAGCGGCUUUGGACGGCGGAGAACGAACCACGAAGACAGCGGAAGAGGCAAGCCGUUGAACCAUUGGACACAGCAAGAGGGGGGCAUCGUCGAACAUAACCUUGACAUGAAGCCAGAAGACGACACGGAGCUCCUCAAAACCAUUAUGCAUGAGCUUGCGUUGGACAACAGGCACCUUGAGCUGCCUCGCAAGCUGGGCAGGACGCGUUCGGAGCGGCCAGGCGAGGUGGGCUUCUCGAGAACUGGAUGA